AGAGUGUCCAGUUUGUAAGAGGAGAUCUUCAAUGAUUAACCCACCUUUAAAUCUGGCUCUGAAGAACCUGUGUGAGACCUUCAUACAGCAGAGAGAGCAGAGAGCUUCAGAGGAUCUCUGCAGUCUGCACUCUGAGAAACUCAGACUCUUCUGUCUGGACCAUCAGCAGCCAGUGUGUCUUGUCUGCAGAGAUUCAGAAAAACACACAGAGCACAGAUUCAGGCCCAUCGAUGAAGCUGCUCAGCAACACAAGAAGAAACUUCAGGAAACUCUGGAACCUUUAAAGGAGAAGCUGGAGCUCAGGAAGAAAGUUCAAGAGGAGUUUGAUCAGACAGCAGAACACAUGAAGGUCCAGGCCCGACACACAGAGAGGCUGAUUAAGGAGCAGUUUAAGAAGCUUCAUCAGUUUCUAGCAGAGGAAGAGGAGGCCAGGCUGGCUGCACUGAGGGAGGAAGAGGAGCAGAAGAGAGGGAUGAUGAAGGAGAAGAUGGAGGCUCUGAGCAGAGAGAUAGCAGCUCUUUCAGACACAGUCAGAGCCACAGAGGAGGAGCUGAGAGCUGAAGACGUCUCAUUCCUGCACAACUACAAGGCUGCAGUGGAAAGAGUCCAGCGCUGCCCCCUGCUGGAGGAUCCACAGCUGCCCUCAGGAGCUCUGAUAGACCAGGCCAAACAUCUGGGCAACCUGGCCUUCAACAUCUGGAGCAACAUGAAGAACAUGGUGUCCUACAUUCCUCUCAUCCUGGACCCAAACACUGCUGGUUCAGAACUCAUCCUGUCUGAAGAUCUGACUAGUGGGACUGUAGGAGAGGAACAGAAGCUUCUUGAUAAUCCAGAGAGGUUUGGGUUUUGGUCCUGUUCUGUCCUGAGUUCUGAGGGCUUUAACUCAGGGAACCACAGCUGGGAUGUUGAUGUUGGAGACAGUGGAGGUUGGAGACUUGGUGUGUUAGAAGAGUCUACCAAGAGGAAGGGAAUUAUAGUGUCUGGAUUGUUGAUUAUGUGGUUGUUUGAAGGGAAAUACUAUGCACAAUCUCCACCAGCUCCUCCUGAAGUUCUGUCAGUAGAGAAGAAGCUCCAGAGGAUUCGAGUGAAUCUGGACUGGGACAGAGGAAAGUUAUCCUUCUCUGAUCUGGAGACAAACACACAUAUACACAGCUUUCACACACACAAAUUCACUGACAAGAUGUUUCCAUUAUUUUCUACUGGGGAUGAUACAGUAAAAAUCUUACCCAUGAAGAUCUCAGUGAGCAAACAGCAGCUGUGAUGUUCUCAGCAUUAGGAACACAAAGUCCAAAUGAAACCUUAUUGAUCUGAUUGAAACUCAGUAUUUGAAACAGGAAACUGGAGAUGAUCUGAUCUGAUCUGACUGAUCAUCUGGUUGUUUUCAGGUCAGUUUCAGAUCUGCUUCAUAAUCUGUCCAGAUGCUACAAACUAAGACAUGAAGUGGAUGAUGUGGAGUUUAGUUUGGUUCUGACAGCAGAUCCAGGUGUGCUGAUCAUGAACAGGGAACAGGUGAGGUCAGUGUAGACAUCAGGACCCUGGAGAGCUCUGCUGAUGGAAACAAACUGAGAUCCAAACAUCCACACGGAUGAACACAGAUGAAGAAAACUUUCAGAGUCUCACAUGUGUAUUUUAGGAACAUCUGAGCAGAUUUCAUUUUAAAUAUAGCUGACUAUCAAACCUUCUCUUCUGGUAAAUCAGAUCCCAACACUAAGGCUUUCAUGCUGAUGAUUUCUACUAUAGCUUGGCUCAUUGAAUCCAGGUGUUUCUGUUUCUGUUCUUUAACUAAAGAAUUACAAAGAAUAUACUCAGCUGUCUGCUAAUUUUCUAGAGCUAAACUGGAACACAUCUAUUUUUUUAAAUAUAUUUUGGUGAUGUGUGAGGCACUGCUGACUUGCAGCAUAAAGUUCCUAGGUUUAAACCCCGUUUUUGGUUUCUGUCCUCAUGCAAUGUUAAAUGGUAACAUGUGUGCAAAUAUUCAACCCUACAGUACCUACAAUACUGAGAACUUUAAUAAAAGAUUUAGAAAAG